GCCAUCAUCACCAUCUGAUUAGGCUGCCUCAUUCAUUUCAAAAUGGCUAUGAAUAAGAUCCCCGGUCAUAAUAUUUACAUUGGAGGGUUAUUAGCUUCGUUCGUUUCCGAUUGUGCGGGGCUGCGCUGACUGUGAUCAGGGUUCUAUCACUCAAGAACAAGGCUGCUUUGACCAAAGCAAAUAUCACUCAUUUGGUUUCCGUGCUACGCCUCCAGCAGGCAGAUGAAAUCCUACAGGGGUAUCAGCGUUAUAACAUUGAAGUGGAUGAUAUCGACGACGAAGAUCUCCUACAGCAUUUCCCCGCUGUCAUUAAGUUUAUCCAGGGUGGUUUAGAUGCAGGAGGGAGCGUCUUGGUUCAUUGGUGAGUAAAUCUAGUCACGUGCACUUCCCCAAGUGUAUCCUGAUACUAAUGAUCAUAGUGCUAUGGGGAAAUCCCGGUCUGCUGCUGUUUGCAUAGCCUACUUACUCCACCGUCAGCCCAAGACGCAAACGCCCGAGUCAGCGCUGGCAUUGCUGAGGGAGGCGCGUCCUCUUUGCGAACCAAAUGAAGGGUUCAUGGAACAGCUGAAGAUCUAUCAUGAGAUGGGCUGUCCUGAUGAUGAUGUCACCGGGCACCCACUCUAUAAUCGAUGGCUGUAUCGUCGUGAAGUCGAGGAGAGCGUUGCAUGUGGCCGUGCGCCGGAAAUGAACUCGGUACUGUUUGAAGAUGAGCAGCCCCAUAAGCCGCAAGAUGCUGAUCGCUCGACUGAAAUCAAAUGUCGCAAGUGUCGGUAUGUUUCAUUCUUGUCAUUUUCGCUUGAAUAUGAAACUAAAUUUAGAAGGCGCGUUCUGGCAACCACCCCAUUCAUCAUCCCACAUGAGCAACAAAACAACGCCGCACCAAGCACAGAAUGUGCCCAUGUUUUCUUACACCCCUUGACAUGGAUGCGUCCCUGUCUCUUCCCGAACACAACACCCUCUUCAGACGCAGUGUAUGGCUCACACCCCGAUGAUGCGCCAUUAUCCGGCCGCCUCACCUGCCCCAAUACCAUCUGCGGUCAGAAUAUCGGCAAGUUUGCCUGGCAAGGCAUGCGUUGCAGCUGCGGUAGCUGGAUCGUUCCGGCUAUUGGGCUUGCCAAGGCUCGAGUUGACGUUGUGAAUCGUACUAACUUUGCCACGCGGUCACCGGCUGCUGCGUUGGGCAUCCGUUUGCCUCCUGGGAUGAGGCCGAAUGCAAAGGCGGUAGAUGACACGGGAAAGGGGAAUCUCUAGCACACAAGGCACAGAUAUACUCGAAAGUUUCUUUUCGACUAUUUUGACUUUUUAUUUUUUACAAGUGACAGUUAAGCACCAGCCGCGUCACGACACUAGACUCGGAAGUCUAUUUGCUAGUGGUCAGAUCGAAACACCUGUUACGUCAUGAGCGAUUCAGACAUGGUGGACGGGCUGCAUUGUGCCGCCACGGUGUUCCGUGCAGAUGGACUGAUCCAAGCGCUGACUUGUCGCGCAAAAGCAAGGAGGAAUUUGGGACGCUGGAUGCCAUCCGUGGUAGACUUUACGACGUCUGGCUAGGGCGGGUUAUUGUCAUAACCCUUGAUCAUCAUGUUCUAGUCCUUGAUUCUCAUUUUGGUACCCGUACAUUUCUGCACUUUGACAGUAUACUUCAAGACAAAAUGUACAGUAACGAGUAGGAACUCAACCCGAUAUGAUGCGGAGUCAUAGACCCUGAUCUAACAGUAGU